AUGUCCAUCCCCCCCUCAAUAUCCACCAUCCUCAAAGCCGGCCCCAUCCACUUCGGGCCCUUCCUCGUCACAACCCAGGUCUUCCACCUAACGCCCCACACCUACGCCCUCGUAAACCUCAAACCCAUCCUCCCAGGCCACGUCCUGAUCUCCCCCCGCCGAGUCGUCCCCCGCGUCACAGACCUCACGCCCACCGAAACCUCGGAUUUGUUUCUGACUGUGCGGCGCGUCGCCCGCAUGAUCGAGCGGGUAUAUGGCGCCUCGAGCUUGAAUAUUGCCAUCCAGGAUGGGGCGGAUGCGGGACAGAGCGUGCCGCAUGUGCAUGCGCAUGUGAUUCCGAGAAAGAGGGGGGAUUUGGAUCAUAGGGGGGGGAUGGAUGCUGUUUAUGAGAUGUUGGAUGGGGAGGAGGGGGAUUUGAGGGAUGCUUUUCGGGAGGAAGGGGAGGGGGAGAGGAGGAGGUUUCCGAGAGUGGAUAAUGAGGAGAGGAAGCCGAGGGAUAUGAAGGAGAUGGAGGAGGAGGCGUGGAUGUUGGCGAGGGAGAUGGAGAGGGAGCCGGUCGAUUAG